AUGGCGAUAGCUGUCGUGCCACCGAGCAUCGUGGGCGCUCUAUCGUGCCAGAAGGAUUCUUAUCUGCAGACGCUGGAAACCGAGGUUGUAGCAUGCGACGAGUACAUCCCACCGAAAACCCCACAAAACAACAAAGCGAAAUCGAAAAAGUCUACCGAUCCGUCAAAAGUUAAUGGUCAUUCAGACCCAGCAACGCAAAGAACAUGGAUGAUUGAGUUUGCUGAUUCUGUCCUUUUCCCUGAGGGUGGUGGACAACACACCGAUCAUGGCUUCAUCACACCACUCGGCGUCAAAGGCAUGAGCGCGAUACCGAUAGAGAACAUUCAACGUCAUGGACUACGAUGUGUACAUUUCUCACAAACACCUCUGGAGAUUGGAACGAAAGUCAGGCAAACAGUGUACUACGCACGCCGAUGGGAUCUUAUGCAGCAACAUACAGGGCAACACCUUCUCUCUGCAAUCAUGGAUGGCAUGGACCUUCCAACGUUGGGAUGGAGUAUGGGGCAAGCUGGUGAAAUGAACUAUGUCGAACUUCCACGGAAACCGACAGACGCAGAAAUCGUCAGGAUUCAACAGGAAUGCAACGCGGUAAUACGCGAGAAUUUACCCGUCACAGUCGAAACUCCACAAGGAAAGGGGUCGUCUAGCCUGCCAGCUGACUAUGAUGGAGAGAAGGGUGUUGUACGAUUCAUCAAAAUCGGCGAUUUGGACUACAACGCCUGCUGCGGUACACACCUCAAACAGACAUCUCACAUCGGCCUGAUUCUAUUGCACCACACACAGUCGGUACGUGGUACGAACUGUCGACUCUUCUUCACUGCUGGAGACCGCGCUAUCAACAUGGCUACAGAGUCGAUCAACGGUCUGCGUAACAUUGCCAUCUCACUAUCGUCUAGCGCUGUGCCGGAAGAGCUUGCAGCAAAGGUACAGGGUCUUGGCGAGCAAAUCUCAGAGGGAAGAAAAAGAGAAAAGAGGUUGCUUUCAGAAAUCGUAAAGUUCGAGGCCCAGCAAAUCAGGGAAACUCUGCAAUGCGUCGUAGGUGCAUUCUCACAUCGACCUGAUGAUGGACUGGAUUUCAUCAACAUGGUAGUUAUUGAGCUCCGAGACGUGCUCAAGGGUAAGGGAGUCGUACUGCUGUGCACUGGUGACACAAAAACAUCUGGUUCGCUUGUAAUUACCGGAAACCCGGACUUGGUAGAGAGAUUAUCUGGCAAAGUCAAAGAUCUUGUGAAGACAGUCAAGGGUGGUGGUAGAGGAGAGAAGUGGCAAGGCAAGGUCACCGAGUGGCAGAAGGGUGAGACAGCGGCACUCAGGACAGCUGUGGAGGAGCUAUGA